GUAUUGUUGCAGUAUUUUUUCAACCCGUUUAAGGAAAGCUCCCAUCGGUUUUUCUUAAAGUAGCUAUAGAUUGCUAGCUAGGAUUUUCAUUGAAAUUAAACUACCGUCCCAGUUAGAGUGAUGAGUUCUGAAGCUGAAAAGGAUUUUGUUGUUCCCGACCACUUGACCAGGGAAGUUUUCCGGAAGUGCCUUGAAAAAGACCUCAAAGAGGAUAACAUCCGAAUCGUCCACUUCGAAAUAACACCUGGGAGCAACCCCGGUGACAAUUACACAAGCAAAAUAUAUCGCUGCAAAGUCAUAUAUAACCAACCACAUACUGAGGACAAGACAGUCCACCUAAUUGCUAAAAGCAUUAUUAUUCCCACUAACAUGCCCGACAACGAUUUUAAUGACAAUGGGAUCAUAGAGAAAGAAAUGGAUGUUUACCAAGAACUGUUACCGAAGCUGAGCAAAUUCUUAAAUGGAACAGUCGUAGCCCCAAAGUGCUAUGACAUUUUUACCGAACCAAAUCAGAACUUUAUUUUCGAGGAUAUGAAAGCAUUAGGAUACGCGUGCGCCGACCGAGUAAGCGGACUAGAUGCGGACCAUUUGAAGGUAGUGCUGAAUAAGAUCGCGAAAUUCCAUGCAGCUUCGAUGAAACUACUUGAAGAAGAACCAUCAACCCAAGAUGCAUUUAAUGUAGGAUUUUUCAGUGAACAAACGCUGGCCCAACCAUUAUUUGUGGAACUUUUUAGAGGCAAUUUGAAAUUGGCAGUGGAAAUACUGAACGAAAUUCCAGGAUAUGAACAUUUUAGUCCCAAACUAUUGAAAAUCUACGAUAAUUUCGUAGAUAUCGCUCUGAAGGUGGUUGAGCUCGAUCCUGUAAAAGACAUAAAGGUAAUAAACCAUGGCGAUCUAUGGGUGAAUAACUUCUUAUUCAAAUAUGAUGAAGAGACGAAGGAACCAACUGAUGUAGUGUUUGUUGACUAUCAAGGAACGUUUGUCAACAGUCUUGCGAUUGAUAUCAACUAUUUAUUCGCGACAAGUGCACAAGUGAAUGUUAUCCACCGAAAGCUGGAUUUGGUGGAAAAGUAUUACUACCCAGUAUUUGCGAAUGAACUGCGAAAAUUAGCAUUCCAGCCCGUGCCUUCCCUGGAGGAUAUAUUUGAUCAAAUUAAAUCACGCGAGAUGUUCAGUAUUAUCAAUCUUUUCACAGUUCUUCCCUUGAUAUCUAUAAAUAGAGAAGAGUCAAAAACCAACGACUUUACCCAAUUUCUGGACGCAGAUAAAUCAAAAAGGAAAAUGUUAAUUGGAAUGUCUAGUGAUCGAUUUAAGGAAACUAUGAAAUUCACAUUGAAAAAUUUGGAAGAUGUAAUUGAUAAAACUAUAAAUAAAUAUACUUAAUCUCCAGUGUUUAUCGUUCACCCCCAAGCCAUACUGAUAAAGAAAUGUAUUG